GUAACAGCCGCCACAUCCGCCACCAUGUCCAACCCUCUCCUCCUCACACUCCUCCUCCACCUACUCGCCGCAACCGGGGCCCAUCCCGACCGCCAAAACGACACCCCCGUCGGCCGUUUCCAGAACUACCUCCGAAUCAACACCGCCCACCCCAACCCAAACUACGCCGCCCCGGUCGCCUUCCUCACCGCCAUCGCCCAAACCCUAAACCUCCAAAUCCAGACCCUCCAUUUCACCCCGUCCAAAUCCAAGCCCCUCCUCCUCCUCACCUGGCCCGGGUCCCACCCCUCUCUCCCCUCCCUCCUCCUCAACUCCCACCUAGACUCCGUCCCCGCCGAGCCCGACAAGUGGACCCACCCUCCCUUCUCCGCCCACCGCACCCCGGAGGGCCUCAUCUUCGCCCGCGGCGCCCAGGACGACAAGUGCAUCGCCAUCCAGUACCUCGAGGCCAUCCGCAACCUCAAGGCCGCCAAUUUCACCCCUAUCCGCACAGUCCACGUGUCCCUCGUCCCCGACGAGGAGAUCGGCGGCCUUGACGGCGCCGCUAAGUUCGCCGCCUCCAAGCAAUUUCAGGAUUUGAAUGUGGGGUUUAUGUUGGACGAAGGUCAGGCUAAUCCCGGCGACGAGUUUAGGGUUUUCUACGCCGAUCGGACGCCGUGGAAUUUGAUCGUGAAGGCACAGGGGACGCCGGGACACGGUUCGAGAUUGUACGAUAACGGAGCGAUGGAGAAUUUGAUGAAGAGCGUGGAGGUUAUGACUCGGUUCAGGGAGGCCCAAUUCGACGAGGUUAAAGCCGGCAAUGCGGCGAUUUCGGAGGUUAUUUCGGUCAAUCCUGUUUAUUUGAAGGCUGGGAUUGCUUCCGGCGAUGGGUUUGUGAUGAAUAUGCAACCUUCGGAGGCGGAAGCAGGGUUUAAUAUACGAAUCCCGCCUACUGCAGACCCGGAGCUUCUUAGGAAGAGGAUUGCUGAGGAAUGGGCGCCGGCAUCAAGGAAUUUGACUUACCAACUACUUGAUCAAGGACCAACUAGAGAUUUUAUGGGCCGCCCUUUAGCAACAGCAACUGAUGAUUCCAAUCCAUGGUGGUCUGUUUUCAAACAAGCUAUCGAAUCAGCUGGAGGGAAACUUGCGAAGCCUGAAAUUUUGACAUCAACUACCGAUGCACGAUUCAUGAGGCAGCAGGGCAUUCCUGCGCUUGGUUUUUCCCCAAUGACAAAUACUCCUAUCUUACUUCAUGACCAUAAUGAGCACCUAAAGGAUACCGUAUUCUUGAAAGGCAUAAAAGUUUAUGAAUCUCUAAUCAGUGCUUUGAGUUCCUUUGAGCAAACAUCUCAAUAGCCACUCUCAGUAUCAAAUGGAAAGGACAAUUAUCAUAUGCUAGACUUGACAUGGUGGCAGUGCUGCACCAUUCUGGGCGUUUUGCACUCGGGGGGACGCAAAGGUGGAUUUAUACUUGGGGCCGUCUGAAAGGUUAAGUGAUGAUUUAACAGAUUUACAAACUUUAUAGUAAGCUUUAUAAAUUGCGGACACCGAAUAAAAGUCCAGGAGCCGCCAUUUUAGUUGGCACUGGACCUUCUUUGCAUGUGUAUUGCUGUAAUGACAUUAUUGUACGUUCCUUGGAACGUUGUAUAAAUUAGAAUUAGAGUUCACAAAUUAAUAGAUGGCACUUAUCACCUUAAAAUGGAA